GGAAGUAUAGAGAAAGAUGGGUACAAGGGCUAAUAUGAUUCCAAUCAUAAACAAGACUUACUGUUCCUCUUCGCAGGUAGUCCUUGUAGUUAGGAGGAGGCCACAUGUGACAAAUGGAGGAGGUUUUGUGGUGACAGAUUGUAAUCAGAAGGUGAUUUUCAGGGUUGAUGGGUGUGGUACUCUUGGCAUAAAAGAUGAGCUGAUUCUGAGAGAUGGAGAUGGUGAUGGAGAUGCUUUGCUGCUGAUCCGCCGAAAGAAGGGUGGAAUGGUUGAGGCUCUAAGCAUUUACAAGAAAUGGAAAGGUUACACUUUUGAUUAUGAAGGGUCUCAAAAGUUAGUUUUCAGCUUAAAAGAACCCAACUCCUGUUUGGUAAGGAACAAUGCAAUGAAAAUCUCCAUGGAACCCAGGGUAAGCAACAAAGAUUGGGACUUUACGAUCAAAGGCUAUUUCCCAGAUAGAGAUUGUAGCAUCAUCGACACCAAAGGCAACAUUGUGGCGCAGGUUGGAGUGAAGAAGGAGGUGCAGGAAUUGAUGGCAAGCAAGGAUCUCUAUCAUGUGGUGGUGAAACCAGGCAUUGAUCAAGCUUUUGUUUUUGGUGUCAUUGCUACUCUCGACUAUAUAUAUGGUGAAUCAACGAGGUGCUAAUUAAUUAAUGUUUUUUGUCACAUCAGAAUAUGAGAGAACAGAAGUAAUUCUCCACAUAUAACUGAUGCUAUCAUGUAAUCGUGCCUUUUACCUACCCUAAAGUUUUAGGACUAUGGUAUGGCUUUUUUUUUUUUUU